UCUGUGCAAAGAGCUUUACUGUUAUGUGAUUGGAUGUAUGUUUUUCCACAGCUAUGAUCUAAUUUCCUGUACAUUGACAAACGAGCAAUAUAUUUAUAUGCUCUGGUUGAUGGAAAUAUGCGUUAUUGACUUAUUGAUGUUGCUUAAUGAAGUAUACAUCGGCUGGUCGUCUGGAUGACGAGCGACUGUUUAAUGCUGCUGUCCGCGCGUGAAGGAUGAACUGACGCGAACGGUCCACAAAAUGUCUCAGGACGAGAAACGGCACAUAAACGAUUUUCAUCGACAAAAGACCCUGAUUUUGAUGUAGGAGGAACCAUACUUGCAACCUUUGCACAGCUGCCACGUGUGGACUUGUGACAUCCUGAGAAAACAGAAAGCCAAAGAGUUUUUCUUUAACUGACAAGAUGUCUAUCACAGACCACAGCCCCACCACGGGGGUCGUGACAAUUAUUGUAAUACUCAUUGCCAUUGCAGCACUUGGUGCGUUGAUUCUUGGUUGUUGGUGUUACUUGCGGCUGCAGCGCAUCGGUCAGUCUGAAGAUGAAGAAAGCAUAGUAGGUGAAGGCGAAACCAAGGAGCCCUUCUUGCUGGUUCAGUAUUCAGCCAAGGGCCCAAAAGUUGAGCACAAGACCAAGCUUACCCCCAACGGCACUGAGAGCCACACCUAACGGUCUGUCUUUGCAAUGCAAACCAUGUUCAGACCCUGUCAAGUCUCUUAUAAUUUCAAAACCUCACAGUAUCACACAACUCAAUGUGAAUAUCCCUUUGAAAUGGUGCAAGACAAACCUAUUUCAUACUGUUGUUUAGUCACUUUGUUGCUUUAAGUAUUUUUUCCACAUUUUGUGGUGGUCCAACAGAACCCUGUUAUAAUGUGAAAUUGACAACCGUCUGCUUUGAUGUCAUAUGCAGUGCUAACUGUUGCCGAGUUCUGAAACUUAACAAAAAAUGAUUUUGUUUGUUUCUUGUAGUGCUGCUUUAACAUUACUGCUUCUUUCCAGAGCUGGCUCUGGUGUUAAGAUGGACUGAUUUUAAGUUAAUAAUCAUAUUUUCUUUUAUAAAUUGUUGUUAACAACAAUUUUUAGCUUUUUAAAAGAUGCCUCAGAAAUGCUGUAAGCUUGUUUUUGGCUUAAGUGUUUUUUUAUUACACAUUAAAGCAGUGGUUCUCAAACUUUUCGGCGUGCACCCCCAUAAGUAAAUUAAUUAAAACGUAUCUAAAACGUAUAAAAAAUAUAUUACAUUAUGCAGUGUAGUGCUGUUGUUUAGUGAUCUUAUAUUUUAUGUUUAAUUACACAGAAUUAAUGAUAAAUGUAUCCAUUUAAUAAAAUGUUACAAAACUGGGGCCAUCUUGCACCCCCAGUUUGAGAACAACUGCAUUCAAGUAAUACUAAUCUAAGCGAUUCACACCAUUAAAAAUUGCCAAAUUGCGUAAAGAAAAGCUGUAUCAAUGCUCUUACAUGACCAUGCUAUUUGCACUUUUUAUUAUUUAAUGUAUUUUAAGUGAUUUUUUCACAGCACUUGCUGUUUUUUGCUAGGAAGCCACAACUACAUUGAGCGCCAAUGACUGAAGCCUUUUUAUCCUUGUGUUAUGGUGUUGGGGCACCAGAGGCGUUCAUCGUUGUGGUUGAGCACAUUUCUAUAUUGUAAGAAGAAUGAUCAAUGAAGAGUGUAAAUAUUAUUUUUAUAGAUGGUCUGUUUAUUCGCUGUUGAAGUUCAUUGUAUCAAGCGUCUUUUUUCUUCACACUAUUAUUUUCUUGUCAUUAAUCUCAAAUGCAUAAGUGCAGUAUUUGUACACGUGAGAAGAAAAUUGAGAGAAUUUAUUUAUUUUUAUACAUUAACCAUUCAAAUGUUAUCUGUUACUAUUCAUAAAGCAAAAUCAACAAUCAGGCCUUUUAAAGAUGUGGCCAAAAUUUCAGUAUGCAGCUGAAAUGAUUUCAUUAACAUUACUUAUUACAUAUGUACAGCAUUUUACUUUGACAGAUUUUGUGAAUUUGAGAAUUAUUUGCUGUUCACUUUACAGAUAAACAAUUGAUGUGAUGGACAGAAUAUGCAUGUGAAUCGGCAUAUUUGAGGGUAUUUGCAGUAGGGUGAUCGGUAUGCUCAGUGUGUCCAGUGUUUGUUUUGACUGUACCAAACAAUAAAACUUCAUUAUUAGGUAAAAAUGUUCCUGCCUUUAGUGUUUUGUGAGAUUUGUUUAAAGGAAAAGUUCAC